CCUGUGGAUCCAAGAGAAGGUCCUGGAAGACCUCCGCUAGAUGGGAGGGAUCAUUUUGGAAGACCACCUGUAGAUAUGAGAGAGAACCUUGUGAGGCCAGGUAUAGAUCAUCUUGGUCGAAGAGACCAUUUUGGCUUUAAUCCAGAGAAGCCCUGGGGCCACAGAGGAGAUUUUGAUGAAAGGGAGCAUCGAGUUCUACCUGUCUAUGGUGGUCCAAAAGGCUUACAUGAAGAAAGAGGUAGAUUUCGGCCUGGAAACUAUAGAUUUGAUCCUAGAAGUGGUCCUUGGAACAGAGGAUUUGGACACGAAGUUCACAGAGAUUUUGAUGACCGCAGAAGACCCUGGGAGAGGCAGAGGGAUAGGGAUGACAGAGAUUUUGAUUUCUGUCGAGAGAUGAAUGGAAAUCGUCUUGGACGGGAUAGAAUUCCAAACACCUGGGUCCCGCCUCCCCAUGCUCGGGUUUUUGAUUAUUUUGAAGGGGCCACUUCUCAACGCAAAGGUGAUCAUGUGCCUCAGGUGAAUGGUGAAAACACAGAGAGACAUGCUCCUCCCCCGCCUCCACAAGUGCAGAAGGAUCCUGAGCUCUAUGAGAGACUGACCUCUCCAAGUGAGGUCAACAAGGAGAAGAGUGACACAGUUGCUGAUGUAGAAAGUGAACCAGUGGUAGAAAGCACAGAAACUGAGGGGACAUAAUCAUCACUCAGUAGUGAAACUGCCCGCCAGGUGAUAAUGGGGAACUCCGAGAGUCAGUAUACCUUCCAAGGGUCUAAAGGCCACAGCAGCCCUGUUCCUGGUGCUAAGCAGAAGCCUUGCUCCCUCAAAAUCCGCAGCAUCCAUGCAAAGGAUGAGAAAUCGUUGCAUGGGUGGGGUCCAGGGGCCAGUGGGGCAGGCUAUAAGUCCAGGUCCCUGGCCCGCAGCUGCCUUUCCCACUUCAAGAGUAACCAACCCUAUGCCUUCAGCGGACCCACCUGCAAAGUGCCCAAAGGCACGAGCCACUCGAAGCCCAGGACAAACACCUCAGGGGAUGACUCCCAGGGAGAUCUCAUUGCUGCUCUCUCCUCUGACAGCGGUUCCCACUGUGUUGGCCAUCAGCCAGCAGAGAAGCACACUGCCUCCCGAGAUUGCAACGGGUACCUUCUCCACUGCAAUGGACAGAAUGAGAGUGCUGCAUCCACCCCUCCCGGUGAAGACCGGAAGAGCCCCAAGGUGCUCAUCAAAACUCUGGGGAAGUUGGAUGGAUGCUUAAGGGUUGAGUUUCACAAUGGUGCCCACCAUGGCAAAGUGCCUACAGAGGAGUCCAGGGGGCCAGUACAGCUGCUGAGGUACUCUCCCACCUUAGAAUCGGACCCCUCCCAAGUGCCCGAAGCCAGGAGGAACUCGAGCCAGGGCGAGUACCCGUCCGGCCAUCGCCUUUCGCCCACUGACUCACGCCUGCGGUCCAGCAAAGGCAGCUCCCUGAGUUCCGAGUCGUCUUGGUACGACUCCCCUUGGGGCAAUGGUGGAGAGAUGAGCGAAUUGGAGGGCUGCUUCCUGUCCCCUGGUACCCCUGACCCCAGCCUCCAUGCCAGCUUCCCACCAAGUGAUGCCAAAAAGCCUUUCAACCAUAGUGCUUCCCUCUCUUCGCUCCGGGAACUAUACCGAGAUGCUGGCCUCCCGCCCUCGGGGAUCCGGCUUUCUGAUGAGUACAUCGGCACACACGCCCACCUCAGUACCCGGGUUUCCUUUGCCUCGGACAUGGAUGUGUCCUCCAGAGUGGAGCACAGGGACCCCGGCCAGUACAGCUCCUUCACUCUUCCCUGCCGCAAGUCCAAAGCCUUAACAGAGGGCACGUCUAAGAAGGACACCCUGAAAUCCCGGAUGCGGCGGAUCAGUGACUGGACAGGAAGCCUCUCCCGGAAGAAAAGGAAACUCCAGGAGCCCAGGUCCAAGGAGGGCAGCGAGUACUUUGACAGCCGCUCGGAUGGACUGAAUGUGGACAUACAGACCCCCUCUCUCACGUCAGCCUUACUGUGGUCAGGGGGCUCGGUGCAGACCCUGCCUCAGAGGAUCGAGCCCCCGAACGCCAUCGGCAGCGAUCCCCUGCAGCAGAACAUUUAUGAGAACUUCAUGCGAGAGCUGGAAAUGAGCAGGACCAGCACGGAGAACCUAGAGACAUCCACAGAAACGGCCGAGUCCAGCAGCGAGUCCCUCAGCUCCUUGGAGCAGCUCGAUCUCCUGUUUGAGAAGGAGCAGGGUGUGGUCCGCAAAGCCGGGUGGCUCUUCUUCAAACCCCUUGUCACUCUGCAGAAGGAGAGGAAGCUCGAGCUGGUGGCACGGAGGAAGUGGAGACAGUACUGGGUAACCCUCAAAGGAUGCACGCUGCUGUUCUAUGAGACCUACGGGAAGAACUGCAUGGAUCAGAGCAGCGCCCCUCGGUGUGCUCUGCUUGCAGAAGACAGCAUUGUGCAGUCUGUCCCAGAGCACCCCAAGAAGGAGAACGUGUUCUGCCUCAGCAACGCCUUCGGAGACGUCUACCUUUUUCAGGCCACUAGCCAGACAGAUCUAGAAAACUGGGUCACUGCCAUACAUUCUGCUUGUGCAUCCCUUUUUGCCAAGAAGCGCGGGAAAGAGGACACGGUCCGUCUCCUAAAGAACCAGACCAAAAGCCUGCUUCAGAAGAUAGACAUGGACAGCAAGAUGAGGAAGAUGGCUGAGCUACAGCUGUCGGUGGUGAGCGACCCGAAGAACAGGAAAGCCAUAGAGAACCAGAUCCAACAGUGGGAGCAGAACCUGGAGAAAUUCCACAUGGAUCUGUUCCGGAUGCGCUGCUAUCUGGCCAGCCUCCAAGGCGGGGAGCUGCCAAACCCCAAGAGUCUCCUGGCUGCCGCCAGUCGCCCCUCCAAGCUGGCCCUGGGCAGGCUUGGCGUCUUGUCUGUUUCUUCCUUCCACGCGCUGAUUUGCUCUCGAGACCACUCUGCUCUCCGGAAAAGAACCCUGUCUGUGACACAGCGAGUGAGACAUAAGAAGAGCAUCUUUUCUUCACUGAAAGGGCUGGACACGCUGGCCAGAAAAGGCAAGGAAAAGAGACCUCCCGUCACCCAGGUGGAUGGAUUUGUGCACGUGUCCGGUUCUGCCACAGAUGGUGUCCGCCGAGACAGCACCUGGGAAGCACAGACUUACGUUCACUUUUCCGAUAAUCAUGGAGUCACUGUUACGAUCAAGCCCGAACACAGAGUUGAGGACGUUUUGUCUUUGGCAUGCAAGAUGAGGCAGCUGGAACCCAGCCUCUAUGGCCUACAGCUGCGCAAAGCAGUACACGACAACGUCGAGCGUGUCGUCCCUGCGCCAUCUGAGUACAUGCAAGACCAGGCUUACGAUGAGAUAGAAAUCUUUCCACUCAGUGUUUACGAUGUACAGCUCACCAAGUCUGAAAGCACCUCUGACUUUGGAUUUGCAGUGACAGCCCAGGUGGAUGAGCAUCAGCACCUCAGCCGGAUAUUUAUAAGUGACGUCCUUCCCGACGGCUUGGCAUACGGGGAAGGACUGAGAAAGGGCAAUGAAAUCGUGACCCUAAAUGGAGAAGCCGUGGCUGAUGUUAAUGUGAAGCAAAUGGAGGCCCUGUUUUCUGAGAGGAGUGUGGGGCUCACGCUAGUGGCCCGGCCUCUGGACACAAGAGGAACUCUAGCUACUUCCUGGUCAGACAGUGACCUCCUCUCCACGGGCCAGAAAGAUCUGCUGCCCCCUGCGAACCAAUCCCAGCUUCUGGAGGAAUUCCUGGAUAAGUUUGAAAAGAACACAGCAAAUGAUUUCAGCAAUGUCCCUGACAUCAUGACUGGUCUGAAGAGGAGUCAGACAGAUGGCACCCUGGACCAGGUUCCCCACAGGGAGAAAACGGAGCGGACUUUCAGGAGUGCCGAGCAGAUUGUUGCACUGUGCAGGAGCUUGGCUGACCCCCAGACGGACGGCAUGGAGACGUCAGGGGAGAGCCGGGACCCCCCACCCCGGCCCCUGGCCCGCCACCUCUCCGAUGCAGACCGUCUCCGCAAAGUCAUCCAGGAGCUGGUGGACACGGAGAAGUCCUAUGUGAAGGACCUCAGCUGCCUCUUUGAAUUAUACUUGGAGCCACUUCAAAGUGAAACGUUUCUUACACAAGACGAGAUGGAGUCUCUUUUUGGAAGUUUGCCAGAGAUGCUUGAGUUUCAGAAGGUGUUUCUGGAGACUCUGGAGGAUGGGAUUUCAGCGUCUUCUGACUUCAGCACACUGGAAACCCCCUCGCAGUUUAGAAAGUUACUGUUUUCCUUGGGAGGCUCAUUCCUGUAUUACGCGGACCACUUUAAACUGUACAGCGGGUUCUGUGCUAAUCAUAUUAAAGUACAGAAGGUUCUAGAACGAGCGAAAACUGACCAAGCCUUCAAGGCCUUUCUGGACGCCCGGAACCCUACCAAGCAGCAUUCGUCCACGCUGGAGUCGUACCUCAUCAAGCCGGUGCAGAGGGUGCUCAAGUACCCACUACUGCUCAGGGAGCUGGUGUCGCUGACGGACCACGAGAGUGAGGAGCACUACCACCUGACAGAAGCACUAAAGGCAAUGGAGAAAGUCGCAAGCCACAUCAAUGAGAUGCAGAAGAUCUACGAGGAUUAUGGAACUGUGUUUGAUCAGCUGGUAGCGGAGCAAAGUGGAACAAAGGAGGUCACAGAACUUUCCAUGGGCGAACUUCUGAUGCAUUCUACUGUGUCCUGGUUGAAUCCAUUUUUGUCUCUAGGAAAAGCCAGAAAAGACCUGGAACUCACAGUGUUCGUUUUUAAGAGAGCUGUCAUACUGGUCUAUAAAGAAAACUACAAGCUGAAGAAGAAACUGCCCGCAAAUUCCCGGCCUGCACACGGCUCAACUGACUUGGACCCAUUUAAAUUCCGAUGGUUGAUCCCCAUAUCUGCACUUCAGGUCCGGCUGGGGAACACAGCAGGAACAGAAAAUAAUGCCCUUUGGGAGCUGAUCCACACCAAGUCGGAAAUCGAGGGACGGCCGGAGACCAACUUCCAGCUGUGCUGCAGUGACUGCGAAAGCAAAACCAGCAUCGUGAAGGGGAUUCGUUCUAUCCUGCGGGAAAACUUCCGGCGCCACAUGAAGUGUGACUCACCCCUGGACAAAGCAUGUAAGGACCGCUUGGUCCCACUUAAGAACCGCGUUCCUGUUUCAGCCAGAUUAGCAUCAUCCAGAUCCUUGAAGGUGCUCAAGAACUCCUCCAGCAGCGAGUGGACGGGCGAGACAGGCAAGGGCACCUCGCUGGACUCGGACGAGGGCAGCCUGGGCGGCAGCAGCACACAGAGCAGCGGCUGCCACACAGCCGAGAGCAGACCGGAUCCCAAGAGGGAGUCGCCAGCCAAGUACCCUCACUCCUCAAGCUUGCCAGAGUUUUCCGACAGUCUCAUCAAAGAGAGUGACAUUCUGAGUGACGAGGAGGACGACUACCCCCUGGGUCUGAAGUGGAGCAGCCCAACCCAGGACAUCGAGAUUCAGUUCCAGAGACUGAGAAUCUCCGAGGAGGCUGACACUCAUGGUGCAGAGCUGCCGCCUGGCACCGAGGCCAGGGAGGGCCAGCAGCCCAAGCUGGUCCGCGGACAUUUCUGCCCCAUCAAGCGGAAAGCAAACAGCACCAAAAGGGACAGGGGCACUCUGCUGAAGUCACAGACACGUCACCAGUCUCUUGACAGCCAGCCUCCAAACACCAACAUCGACUUCAGUUCCGUCCUGGAACGAGAGUUCGGUGUCCAGAAGCUCACGUCGGUUGUCAACGAGGAAUGCUUUUAUGACUCAGAGAACCAUGGGAAAUCCUAG